CUCAUUUUCCAAUUGAAUUGGGAACAAACCAUACCAUCAUCUCCAAGCUCUCUCUCCUCCAUUAGAGAGCCAAAAGCUUGAAGAAGCAGCCAUUAGCCUAACAAACCAUUCAAAAACAUGGCUUCCAUGGCUGCCGUAUUAAGCAAAACUCCAUUCCUAUCUCAACCACUCACCAAAUCAUCAUCCCCAAACUCCGAUCUCCCCUUCGCCGCCGUUUCCUUCCCUUCGAAAUCCCUACGCCGUCGCGGAACCGUGGGAUCAGUAGUCCGAGCCGGAUUAAUCGCGCCUGACGGAGGUAAGCUAGUGGAGCUUAUCGUGGAAGAGCCGAAACGGCGGGAGAAGAAACACGAGGCGGCGGAGCUUCCUCGCGUCGAGCUAACGGCGAUUGACUUGCAAUGGAUGCACGUGUUAAGCGAAGGCUGGGCAAGUCCACUCGGAGGUUUCAUGAGAGAAUCCGAGUUCCUCCAAACUCUUCAUUUCAACUCGCUCCGUCUUGACGACGGAUCCGUUGUUAACAUGUCUGUUCCUAUUGUUCUCGCUAUCGACGAUGAGCAAAAGGCUCUCAUCGGCGAUUCUAAACGUGUCGCUCUUGUUGGUUCCGAUGGUAACCCCCUCGCUAUCCUCACCGACAUUGAGAUUUAUAAGCAUCCGAAGGAAGAAAGGAUAGCUAGAACUUGGGGUACGACAGCUCCAGGUUUGCCUUAUGUAGAAGAGGCGAUAACUAAUGCUGGGAACUGGCUUAUUGGGGGUGAUCUUGAGGUUCUUGAGCCAGUUAAAUACAACGAUGGGCUUGAUCGUUUCAGGCUUUCGCCUGCUGAGCUACGUAAAGAGCUGGAGAAGCGUAACGCGGAUGCUGUGUUUGCUUUCCAGCUGAGGAAUCCGGUUCACAAUGGUCAUGCUCUUCUAAUGACUGAUACACGUAGGAGGCUUCUUGAGAUGGGAUACAAAAACCCUAUCCUUUUGCUUCAUCCGUUAGGAGGGUUCACAAAGGCUGAUGAUGUUCCUCUAGAUUGGAGGAUGAAGCAACACGAGAAGGUGCUAGAGGACGGUGUUCUUGAUCCAGAGACAACAGUUGUUUCGAUCUUCCCUUCUCCUAUGCAUUACGCUGGUCCAACCGAAGUGCAAUGGCAUGCCAAGGCCAGAAUCAAUGCUGGUGCUAACUUUUACAUUGUGGGUCGUGAUCCAGCUGGAAUGGGUCAUCCCGUAGAGAAACGUGAUCUUUACGAUGCUGAUCAUGGAAAGAAAGUACUAAGCAUGGCACCAGGACUCGAACGACUCAAUAUCCUUCCUUUCAAGGUUGCUGCAUAUGACAAGACGCAAGGCAAGAUGGCUUUCUUCGAUCCGUCAAGGCCUCAAGAUUUCUUGUUCAUCUCUGGCACUAAGAUGCGCACAUUGGCAAAGAACAACGAAAACCCGCCAGAUGGUUUCAUGUGCCCAGGUGGAUGGAAAGUUCUGGUGGAUUACUAUGAGAGUUUGACUCCAGCAGGUAAUGGUAGAAAACCAGAAGUGGUUCCGGUUUAAGACAAAAGACAAAACUGUCUCUGCUUCGUUUCAAGUUGUAACGUUUGUAUUGUAAGCCUUGUGGCAACAGUCAUUGUUGUAUAGGGAGAAAGCCUAUGUAUGAUUAGGCUGGACCUUUUUCCAAAUAAAUUACAGAUAAGACUGUUUCGUUUUGCAAGACAGUUUACGAAACUUGUAAUAUUGGGGUCGAAAACUUUGUACCAUACUGAAUGAAACGAUUGUGUUUAUAUA